AUGGCUGUGACGGCGCGAUGCUGUUACAGUCUAAAGGAGAGUGUGCCUUUUUCCUUGUGUUUGUUUUUUUUCGUACUAAGUGGCCUUACAAAUGCACAAAUUCGAUAUUCCAUCCCGGAGGAGCUGGAAAACGGGGCAUUGGUCGGUGACAUUGUGCGGGAUUUGGGUCUUGACGUGAGAAAACUUUCCACGAGACGUAUCAGAAUCACAUCGGACAGUGGCCGCAGGUAUUUCACCAUCAAUCACAAAACUGGAAAGCUGGUGGUGAGUGACCGCAUCGACCGAGAGACAUUUUGUGAAUUUAGUGGCACCUGUUCACGCAACUUGGAGGUGGUUUUAGAAAACCCGCUGGAGAUGCACAACGUGGAGGUGGAGAUUUUGGACGUGAACGAUAACGCGCCACAGUUCCCUCGUGAUGAAUAUCAGCUCGAGGUGUCGGAGUCCGCUCUCACUGGGUCCAGGUUCCACAUCGAAGGAGCUCAGGAUGCAGAUGACGGCUCCAACUCUGUCAAGCAGUAUCGCCUCAGCCCAAACGACCACCUCGCUUUGGACUCUAUUAAACCCUUCUCUAAUAAUAAGCACAUCGAGCUGAUUCUCAAAAAGCCCUUUGACCGUGAGCAGAUGCCCUCUCAUCAGCUAAUCCUGACAGCAAUGGACGGAGGCACCCCGCAGAGAACUGGCACAGCCAAAAUCAAUGUACGCAUUCUUGAUGCCAAUGACAACGUGCCUGCGUUUGACAGCUCCGUGUACAAAGUAAAACUAUCAGAAAACUCUCCCAAGGGUGCUCUUGUGAUAAAGUUAAAUGCAACAGACCCUGAUGAGGGCCUAAAUGGGGACGUUUUUUACUCCUUCAGCAGUUACACACCUGAAAGAGUCAGACAGAUGUUCUCCAUGGACACAGACACAGGGGAAAUCCGUGUGAAAAAUAACAUAGACUAUGAAGAGACAAACUCAUAUGAGAUGUACAUACAGGCCAUGGAUAAGGGCCCAGCUCCUGUGGCAGUGCACUGUAAAGUAGUUGUAGAAGUUUUGGAUGUCAAUGACAACAUUCCUGAGAUUGUACUGUCUUCACUCUCCAGCCCUGUACGAGAGGACGCCCGGGCUGAUGCAAUGGUAGCACUGAUCAGUGUGAAUGACCGAGACUCUGGACUAAAUAAACAAGUCACCCUAGAGAUCAUGCCCAAUUUACCUUUUAAGAUCAAAUCCUUCAGGAACCACUACACCAUUGUCACAUCUGCAUUCCUGGACCGGGAAACUAUCUCUUCCUACAAUGUCACUGUCAACGCUGUUGAUGGAGGAACUCCACCUCUGUCUUCUCAGAUGACUUUUAAGGUGGAUGUUGCAGAUGUGAAUGAUAACCCACCUCGCUUUGAGCAGACAUCCUACACUGUUUACAUUACAGAGAACAAUGCUCCAGGUGCCCCUCUGUGUGUUGUUAAAGCCACAGACGCUGACACUGGAGAAAACGCUCGCAUCACCUACACUGUCCUCAACGACAACAACCAUGGUAUCCCUGUAGCCAGCUACGUCAGCAUCAAACCUAACACAGGUGAGGCCUACGCUCUGCGAGCCUUUGACUUUGAGAAGCUGAGGGAGUUUCACUUUCAGAUCAAAGCCCAGGACAAUGGUGUGCCUCCUCUCAGCCGUGUGGCCACAGUGUAUGUUUACAUCAUGGAUCAAAAUGACCAUACCCCAAGGAUUGUCUAUCCACCUUCUAACGGGAGCCGCACCACAGAGACGCUGUUAAAAAAUGCUGAGGCAGGGAUGCUGGUUAGCAAGGUGACAGCGUGGGAUGGUGAUGCAGGGCAGAACGCUUGGCUGCUAUACAACUUGGAGCAGACCAACACAGACACUGACCUGUUCAAGGUGCAUGAGUACACAGGUGAGAUCCGCACCACCAGGAGAGUCAUAGAGGACAACUCCACCUCUUUUGUUUUGAUAGUGCUGGUGCGUGAUAAUGGCCUACCACCACUGUCCUCCACUGCCACCAUCCAUGUGCACGUUAAGGAGCUUCCACCCAAAGUGGCCCCGGACCCCAAGCGCAUCAUCAGGCCUAACAGCCCCCUAAUGUUCUCCAGCGUCACCAUCUACCUCAUUAUCGCCCUUUGUGCCACAACAUUUGUGUUCCUGGUCACCAUCUUCGUGCUGGCCAUUGUGCGUUGCCAUGCCUACUGUACCCAGCCCGGCUCCUGCUCCCCAUGUUGUGUGUCCAAAAAGAGUCUCCAGGAAGGGGGUACUCCAGCAGGUGGUGGAGGGGGCGGGGGGAGAAGUGCUGCAGGUGGAGGAGGAGGUGGAGGAGGAGGAGGAGGAGGAGGAGGAGGAGGAGGAGGAGGCGGUGGUGGUGGUGGUGGCGGAGGGCAACAAAACAGCAAUGUGGCCCUUCGCCGGGACCUCAAAGUGGAACCUCACUAUAUUGAAGUGCGGGGAAACGGUUCUUUGACAAAAACGUACUGUUACAAGACAUGCCUGACCGCCACGUCAGGGAGUGACACUUUUAUGUUCUACAACACUGGGCGGCCGCACAGUGGCACCUGGGGCUCGGGCUACGUCACCAGCCACAGCGGGCAGAGCCAGUUAUUUGUACGGCGUCUCAGUAUGCCAGAUGCAACUGCCAUUCAGCCCAAAGUGCAGAGUGGGGACUGGAGAUACUCAGCCUCCCUGAGAGCAGGCGGUGUAAUGCAGAGCUCUGUGCAUAUGGAAGAGUCCUCGGUGAUGCAGGGAGCCCAGGGAGUCCUGGUUCAGAACUGGCCCACUGCUUCCAGUGCCGCUGAUCCUGAAGGGGGAGAGGUGUCCCCUCCAAUGGGUGCUGGCGUAGACAGCAACAGCUGGCAUUUUCGCUAUGGCCCCGGGGGUCCUGGAGCACCCCCACAGCACCUGAAACCCGGUGAGGUUCCCCCAGAAGCCUUCAUCAUUCCUGGCUCCCCAGCCAUAAUAUCCAUCAGACAGAACCAGGGCGGAGAGGAUGACAAGAGCGAUUUCAUCACCUUUGGAAAGAAGGAGGAGGCCAAGAAAAAGAAGAAGAAGAAGAAGGAGAAGAAGGACAAAAAGGACAAGGGGAAGGAUGACGGAGACGAGUAGAGGAUACGAAAGUCAAAUAGCAAAGAAGUAAAGGGUGUCGUUAAAACAGAGGUACCAACCAAAGUCCACUGGGCAAAAAAUGUGGAGGCUAUUUUAGAUUUACAAAUUUCAUCGUAUUACCUAUAUACACAGAUGAUAUUCCAAAGUUCAUUCUGUUAUGAAACUGGCCUUACCAAGAUUUAUCUUACCUUCAGUCCCUACUGAGGUAAAUUAAUAAUCUUGCCUUGAUAAACAAUAAAAUGAUUGAUUUUUGCUCCAUGCCCCUAUGUGCCUAAACACCCGAGUAAACUCAUGUCAGUCAUCUUUUCCAAUAAGAAAGGACCACUCUUUGUCCUCUUCUAGAAUUUUUUCUUCCUUUAUCCACCGGGCACGUUGGCACCUCUGUCUUACCCCCUCCCCAACUAUGAUGUGUAAACCUUUCUCUCUGAGAGAAGUCAAAUACUUUGUACUCGAACAACAAAAAGCUCUGUGCCAGCCGAGGAAAAGAAGUACGACAAAGAAGAUUGAGACAGAUGUAAGUCAUCUGGAGCUGGACACACACACUACUUGUAAAUAGCACAGGAGAGAGUCACUCAAACUAAGGCUUACAUGACACUGCUGCAGAUUCCUCUGGUAUUAACCGACAGUGUUUCCUGAGAUCUCAAUGAAACCACAUACACACUCGCAUGCUCACACAUUCAAACAUACAUACACAAACUUACCAUGACAAAAUAGACACGGAAAGCACUUGGGACCUAGAGGGAGGGAGAGAAAUAAAAAAAGGAGGGAAAAACAACUCACAUCUUCUGUCAAUCUAAACACUGCAAGCUUUUUACCCUGCACAGUCGCUGAUGUGAUGCGCAUGUGUACAUCAACUCUCUCAGGAUGGAAGCAGCAUCCUUUGCAAUCACUCUGAAUUUGCUCACUGCAUUUGCAAGGACACAAAGAGCUUCAUCUCAAACCAGAAGCCCGACUGAAAAAUGCAGAGAGCACCAGAAAGAUGGAGAGAUGAGAGGAUACCUCACACUCUCCUGAGGAUCACCGAGGGGAAGAGUCCAGCUGAGCUGGCUUGUGACUCGGCUUUCAAUCAGUGGACUCUGAUGAAACCUAAAAGAAUAUUUGGAGAGUCUCGAGACUUUGUUAACACCAUCUCUUCUCCCCCCUGCCGCAGCAAAAGCCUGAUGCUUUCUGCUUUGAAUGUUUGGUAGCAACCAGUCCUUACCUGAUAACUUUGAGUUUACAACUGCUCACCUGCUUGUACUUGCCCCAAGCUGCCACGAGCCAUCCUCCCUUUCCCAAACUGCCUUUUCCCCCAUCGUCACCCAUCCCACCGACCGCCUCUUCAUGUGAUGAUGAAGUUUGUGGACUUGAUCUGCUCUCUUUCAGGAGAUUCACUAUUGCAUCCUCUGGCAUUUUUUUCUUUUCUUCCUCAUAGCUUUAACUACAUUUUGCUUCUCAUGCCCAUCCCUAUUUGCCCUCAGACUCUACACCUAACCCUUGCACAGACCCCCUGCAGACCCUGCUGCUCUGAACAUUGUGGUGUGCUGAGAACAGCAUGGAGUAAUGUGGAUGAGGCCAGGGAAAGCCCACUCAGGGGGGUUGGGGGGGUCUACGCUCCGAACACUUGUCAGAUGUCUCUUUAAGUGCACAACGGUUCAGUGCUUUUAACUUGCAAGUACUACAGUACGCUGUUCAUUUCCUGUUUGUAGCCACAGAUGAGAGGGGACCAGGUGGGAUGAGGCCGAUUACAGGGAUGGAGGACCGGGAGAAAGUGAGGUGACAGGUGCCGUGGGCUGGCCCUCCGCCUCCAUGUACAAGAGAAGAAGGUUGUUCUCCAAAUUGAUUGUUUAUAGGAUCAUCCAGUCAUACUUUAGCUUUUAUGUACACUGUAAAUGUAGCGUAGACUUUUCAUAGAUUGUCUCUACAUUACGAAAUUGAAACCUGCUAAAAAAUUCGGGCAUCUACAGGGAUUCCCAUCCUCCAGCUAUAUCCCACCAAUCCUCUCUCAGGAGGUCUCGAGAAAGGGGUGUUCCUCAAGACCUGCUUCUGUUGGUGCCCCCCUCCCGCCUGUAACUUGUUGCCACGUCCCCAAAGUUUUGCGGCUCUGUAUGACGUCACUCCAUUAAGUGGCUGCUGCAUGUACUGCUCUAAGGAAACACAUACUAUAUAGAGAAAUAUAUAUAUAAAUAGAUAGAUGGCUAUGAUUUUAUUCUUUUGUAUCAUCAUUUUUCUUCAUUACUUGCACAGGAGAUAUUUCUAUGUACUUCUGUCAGCCAAACAUCUAUGUACUACAAUCUUCACGCUCCACAGAUGUUGUAUGGCAUCCACUAAACCUCUUUAGAUAUUUGUAAAUGCUAUAGUGUGAUACCUUUCAACGCAAGUUUAUUAUUUUUCUUUUGUCAACUAUGAUUUCUGCUUUUGAGAACAAGCAAAGCAAAAAAAGUGAAAAAAAAAAAAAACACUCUGUGUCCAGCUUUGACAUGACGAUCUAACUAACA